CAAACAAAUAUAUUUAUCCAUGGGAAUUAAGCCAGAUAGCGACUGCAAAAAUAGGUGUCUCAUGGAAAAUACCUGUGUGUCCGUCAACGUUGGCCCACCCAGCAAGAACGGAUUCAGGGUCUGUCAACUGAGUGAUUCUGAUCACAUUCAACAUCCUGAUGACCUUACACCCCAAGAAGGAUACCAGUAUUGGGCUUCAAAGAAUCCAUGUUCAAGCAGCCCUUGUCUUCCUAAUGCAACCUGUCUAAAUGGGUUUACAGAUAAGAGAUACAUUUGCUUGUGUCAAGUUGGUUUUAAGGGAAAACAAUGUGGAAAAAAAGUUGAGUACAAUUCACUUGGUUGUUUUAAAGACAGUACUCCCCACGCUCUCCCGUUGCUACUAGUAAACUUCCGGGGUAACAUCGAUUGGACUGAUAUGACGAAAAUCGUUCGAGCAUGUGCAGAGAUCGCCAAGGACCGUGGCCUUCGCGUAUUUGGAAUCCAGUAUUACGGAGAAUGUUGGAGUGGACUGGACGCCGAAAACACGUACAAUAAGUACGGACUUUCCGGAAACUGUUGGAAUGGAGUGGGAGAGGGUGGAGCCUAUUAUGUGUACAAAAUAUGA